AUGUCCCGACCCCUCGGCUCCCCCGUCCUCUCACCCCCGACUCAACCACCUAGCGCCGCGACCCUCCACGGCCAACCGUCCGCCUGGACCUGUGAUUACAUCCCUCACGGACUGUUCGCGAAAUACGCCGCCUUUUACGACCAAAUCGUCGCACAUUCGAAAUCGACGGAUCCGUAUGUCUUCGCUAUUAUUGCGACACAGCCUGCCGCUGAUGGGGCCGCCGACAACGACUCCGGCGAUAAUGAACAAGUCUUAGGCUAUAUCGCUCUCAUGUCUAUCGUGCCGGAGCAUUUACGUCUGGAGAUCAGACAUGUGAUUUUCUCGCCCCGGAUGCAGCGGAGCACGGUUGCUACGGAGGUUAUUUACUUAUUGUUGAAGUAUACGUUUGAGACAGGGUAUAGGCGAGUCGAGUGGAAGGUUAAUUCGUUGAAUGAGGGGUCUCACAAGGCGGCGAGGUGGUUUAGGUUUACGUUUGAGGGAACUUUCAGGCAGCAUAUGGUCGUCAAGGGGAGGAAUCGGGACACCGCGUGGUAUUCGAUGGUGAGGGGUGGGUUUGAGGGGUGGUUGGAUGAGGGGAAUUUCGAUGAGUUUGGGAGGUUGAAGGAGAGUUUGGAGGAGUUUAUUAAGAGGAGAUAG